AUGAAGAAGGAAAUUUUAGAGGAUGCGUUUACAAACUUGGAAGAAAAUCCCACUGCCACUAAAGACAAGAAAUUCGCAUCGUUCCUGCCAAGUUGUGGAGGCAUAGAACGCGUUUCAGAAGGAGGAGAAAGAAAAAGUAUCCACAAAGGGAGUAAUAAGAGUAAUAUAGAUACGAAAGAGGCGAAUAGGGAAAACAAAGAACUCGGUUGUUGUAACGAUUUAGCGAAUGGCAAGAUUGAAGUGGCUGCUUCUGUCCAGUCCACUGAUGGUGAUAAAUCGAAAUGCACAAAUGAGGGAGACCUUACAAAAUAUGCUUCGAAAAUAUGGUGUAGUAAAAAAUGUGCUAAUGUGCCAAAGUUGGAUUUGGGACUUGCGCUGACUUUACCCAAUAGGGGGGAAUACUUACGAAAAAUGAUCGAUAAAAGAGGUGUUGCUAAAAAUGGCAAAGUUGGUAGGAAGAAAAAGGAAGGAAAAAGGAUAAAUCUAAAUAAAAAUAAUGACCACUUAGAAAGAGAUGCCAGUGAGCUAUCAAAAGGUACACUUCCCUGCGAUGAGAAGAGGAGUCAUGUUAGCAUUCAAAUUGGUGGUGCUAGCAGAUUAGGUCAUUCAAGCCUAAAUGAAGAGAGAAAAAAGGGGAACCUCCCACCAGACGAACCAGAAUUAGACAGUAGUGAAACAGACACGUCCUUAAGUAGAGAGCUUAAGAAGGAUUCCCAAAUGAGUAGGAAGCGUAUUUGUAAAAGUUCAACAAUUCUUUCGCCCAGAAAGCGUCUCGGUAGAAAUCAAAAGAGUAGUGAAAAAAUAGCGCACGAAAGGUCAACGUCCGAUUCGAGUAAUGGACCAGAAAGAAGGAGGAUGUUUAUCGAGCAUUCGAGGAGGAAGACAGUAUACAAUGGGGAGCCCAAGAAAAAGCGAUUAGGGAAAAAUAAAGCAAAACUGAAGAAAUGUUCUAUGGAUUCUUUCGAUACGGGGAAAGGACACAACUUCACGCGUGAAAAGGGAAAAGUGGACGGUGAAAAGGAAAAAGUGCAUCGUGAAAAGGGAAAAGUGGAUCGUGAAAAGGGAAAAGUGGAUCGUGAAAAGGAAAAAGUGGAUCGUGAAAAGGAAAAAGUGGAGCUUGAAAAAUGGGAAAAUAAAUCGAACAGUGGCAGAUUAGGGGGAGACUCUUCAGAAGGGGGCAUUUUGGAGAGGAAGAAAAAAAAGGGAAAAUUGCCCCUACCGAAAGGGAGUGAGCAGUUUGAAUGUUAUGUGAACAGUAGAGGAAACAAAACGAAGGCAGCGAAAUAUCAAGGGGGUAAGGUAACCUCUGUGGAGUCCUCAAAAUAUGACACGGACGAAAGUAGUAGCAGUGCUGAUUUGAGGCCAAAUUACGAGGGACAUCACGUGCAUGGUAGCAAAAAGGAGGACGAACAGGUACUAGAAGAGAGACCUUUAGGGAUGUCCAAGCUGUCCAAGAAACGCUUUCAUUUUUGCAAAGAGGAAGGAGAUGAAGAGAAACUUAAAUUGUGCGAAAAGCAUCAUUCCGUUGAAAAAGUAGAGUAUGACCAAAAAGGAGAAUAUUUUUUUAGCGACAAGUGCAGGGAGAUGCAUGCAAAUAUGGCAGAGGAGAAUUUGAAAAAUUGUGUCAGUCCAGACAUGAUGUCUAAAAGGAUUCUUGGGGGAGAACAGGACCAUCAGUACACCAGAAAAGGAGAAGGUUCCAAUGAGGACUAUUCCUAUGUAUCCCUAGAAAAAGUUUCUAAAAAUGGAGAGCAUAACUUCUACUUUCGAAAGAGCAGAUACACCAAUUUAAGGGGAAAACUUAUUCGACUGAGCAGCGUAGGUGAUGGGGGGGAGGUGCACAAUGAAGCAGAUUUGUCCAAUUCGGUGAGAUAUUCCCAAAUUGGCUACUUCAGCGGGGGUGAGCACUACUCAGAUUUCAGCGAGGUGGGAGAGCACUAUGAUGGUCGGAAUGACGACAAAUAUCGCUUUCCAUUUUUCGACGAAAUGUAUGAAGGUGGAAAAUUUGCAGGAGAGGUUGACCUCCCCGGGGGGGACUCUUCUGUCCUGGAAAAGGGCAACCCCAGUGGGAGUGUCAGCGGAAGGGGAAGCGGUAAGGGUGAGCUCUAUUUAGCCUUUCAAGAAUCAGCGCACAGGGAGGAGAAGUCGCUCCCAGAUGAGUCACUACACAGUAAGCCGCCUCUUAGCAAUGUGGAGAGGGAACUUAACGACGACGCACAUUUGAGAAGACUUGAAUACGUUCGGGGGCAGAUUUGCAGAAUAUUGAAAAAGGAAAACUGGGAUGGUGAAGCCGAAAGUGUGUUAAACCUUUUCUUCAGGUACGUGAAGCUAGAGGGAAGAUUUGGCAAAAAUGACCACACACUGAUUGGGAAGGAUAUAAAAAGGGAUAAAAUGGCAGACUUAGGAAGGGGGGAAAAUGGGGGUGUGGACAAAUUGAAAAGGGUCUAUUUGGAUGACGCGCCAAAGAGCCUGCCGCUGACCAUGCUAAUAGUAAGAAACUACGAGGAGGGGCAUCUGCAUCAGCAGCAGCAGUGGAAGGAGAGGAACGAAAAGGUAAGCGUAAGAUACAAAGUCGAGUUGACAGGUGUGAAAAAUCCCAUGGGGAUAAAGAAAGCAAUCGAGAAGGAAAAAAAACUGUUUUCAAGGAUAGAAAGGAUAUAUGAUUUUUGUGCUUUAGAUGGAGAGGUGUGUGGAGAACAGUAUGACAAUAACAUAGUGGACCGGUUUAUUCCAUUUCCUAACAUGGGGUGGAGUUGUUCCAAGGACGGUUAUCAAGAAAAGGUGGUAAGUGAUCACUCUGCGUGGGCUCAGGAAAGGAAACGCGUCUUUUUCGAUGAUGAGCAGGAGAAGCUCAUUAAUUCUGACAGGAGCCACGUGGGCGGAAAAGGCCUCAUGAUUGAUGAUGCCCUUUUAGGGGUUCCAAAAAAGGGGGGAACUAACAAUGCUAAUAAGUUUGAAAAGAAAUCCCCUUUAGCCAAAUGGAAUGUUAAAGUGUAUACCAAAUCGAUAAAGCAGCCUGGCGGAAAAAAAAACGCUCUUUUGAAAAAGGGUCCAAAGGGUGCACCUAUCCAUUUUGAUAGAAAGGGCUCUCUGAAACAUCACUUUAGGAAAGGUGGAGUACCUGUUGUAGGUGGGAAGGCCGAAGGAAAUGCAAUCCGAAUUGGCAUGUCUAAAAAAUCCCCCCUACCGAGAAAAUCUGCAUUAGAAGGGAGUUAUCCAAAGAGUAAAGUAGUUAAAUGGGGAAAGGGACAUCAUGUGACUAACUUUAAAGAGUAUCUUACAAAAAUGAGAAAUCCACAAGGAGGUGACAAAACAAAGGAACCUUUUCCAAAAGGUGGACAAAAGAGGGAGGACUUAAGAGAUACACAACGGAGGUCUCCUUUAUCCAGUUCUAUCUUAAAAAUCGUAGAUGAUAAGAACGAUGAGAAAAUUAUUACAAAAAGUUUUUUUCUACCAAGGGGGGGAGAACCAGAAGUGGUUAAGCGAGAAAUUUGGAACCGUUCAAAAGGUGAACUGGGUUCGUAUAGGAAGUUAAAAAGCUCCGUAGGACAUGUCUUUAAAAGGGGAGGAAGUAAGAGAGACGAAGACUUCAAACGUGUGAGUGAGCCCUCGAGGGAUGUGCUGGACACUCAGGGCAGUGCACAUAAUGGUUCCCAAAAGAGUCAUCAUGAAGCGGUGGAGAGAAAAGAAAAAGUAGGAUUUUAUAAAAGUAAAAAUUUUGGAGGGAAAAAAGAACAUAAGGAAGGAGGAAACAAAAAAGGAGCCUCUAACACGUUUGGAGAUUCAUAUGCGGGGAAGAACAAUCGGGAUGGUGACCACCCCCGUAGUGGGAGCUUUAAGACGGAUAGGCAAAAUUGCAAAGCAAUUGAGAAGGGACCCCAAAGUCUGGAUGAAGGAGGCUCAUCGGGGAAACCUCCUCGAAGGGAAGAAGAACCGUCCUCAAAUGAAAAGGAGGAAGGCACUAAAAAGUUGCAUGCAGAGGGGAAAAGCGAGGAAGGUGCUAAAAAGUUGCAUGCAGAGGGGAAAAGCGAGGAAGGGUUAAGUUCGACAUCUAAGGAUGAAAAAAGGAAAAAGGAAGAAAAAGCAAGCUAUAACAGUAGGAGAAGCGAGGGGAUGGUUGAUAAGGCUCACCCUAGUGCGAUAGAACGAUUUUAUAAGCUUUCCAAGCGUAGCAAGGUGGGAAAGAAGGGAGCGGAGGGAGGCGGUUUAGAACAAGAAGCGGAGGGAGGCGAUUUAGAAAAUAAAGCGGAGGGAGGCGAUUUAGAACAUAAAGCGGAGGGAGGCGAUUUAGAACAUAAAUCGGAUACGCUUAAGAAGGAAGGAUCGCCUCGAAAAUUACUUAGGCCUAUUGAGGUAGCACUCCCAAGGAAAAACAGUCUUAGACAAAAGGGUGCCCUCACAGGGGGGAGGAGCAUAUCACACAUUGUGAGCAAACAUGGGAAGGAAAAGAAGCAGAAUUGUGAUUUGGACCCAUCAGCAGAGAACAAAAUUGGCAGAGGUAAGGACGAAAAGGGCAACACUGCAAAAGGGUUUAGUAAGAAGGACGAAUUUUAUGAUUUUACCAAAUUGGGGAAAAAGGUCAAGGAAAAUAUUUCCCCCCUAAUGGUGGCAGAAGAGGAGCGGGGUCCUUUAAAGUCUCAUCAAGGGAAAGGGAGGAGCCCCCUAAGUGUGAGCAAUAAAAAUGAAAUAAGGUUGACUGCCUCCCCCCACGAGGCGAGCCAUAUGUUUAAUGCUCCCAGGAAGGAAGGCACUCAAAAGGGGAAUAACGCCAAGCAGACAACGAACCUGGUGGGACGCCAAAAAAGCAGUCGUAUCGGUCUAGGGGGAAAACCAUCUCCCCGCGCAAUGGGCUCGUUUCCACACAAAAUGACGCAGAGCCAAAUGGACAAACCGGUUUUAAAAAAUGAAGAAGGGAUGGCAAGAAAUUCGAACUAUGUCGAUUUAAGGCAUAUUGAAUGCUCCAAGAGCACCCUCGAAUUUUUUCUUGAAAAAAAAUAUCUCAAAAGAAAUAGUCCAGAGCGAGGAGCGAGAGUUGUCCAAACUGUUUGCGAUGAGAAGACGAAGAAAUGCAAAAAAAAUUUCAAACAGGAAGAACGCAAAUCUGAAGGAAGCACCAGAAACAGAUCAGUUCUCAAAUCUGAGUUGGAUUGAAUGACACACGAAAAGGACGAAAAGGGCGAAACGAAACUUAAAAGACCAAGUCACGUCCACUCGAGCAAAAGCAGCCUUAGUUAUAGGCUAACAAACGUUGUUCGAGUCAAACGAAACCUUUACUUUAGUGACAGCGACGUGGAACGUUUGCCAAGUAUGGAUUCCACGGGAAGACAAGACAUGGGAGCGAGUUUUACGGGAGAGGAGGAGGAAACGCAGUCAGACAUCGGUGUGGAAGAGAGAGCAGCAAGGGGGGUGGACGAGAGGGCAGAAAAAAGGGUGGGUGAGCAGACCGGUCAAACAGGGGACCAUAAAAGUGAUCAACCAACGGUCACACACAAGGACAACCAAGAAGAUGCAGGUAAAAUCGUCAAGACCCUCUACAAAGCUCCCGGGAAGAAGGCCAAACAGACAGAGCAUAUGUUAACCAUUAAAGUAAAUAUCAUCACGGUGCUCCUACACAGCUCGUAUGUUAAAAGAAUAAACAUGAACGGAAGUUACAACAUAGAGGUGACUAUUUAUUCGUCCAGUGAUAGGAAGACCAUCGAGAAAAAUUGCAGGAAGGAGACCUUUCCAUGCUACUUCACAUCGCACACGAGCGGCAUAGGCUUAAGCUCUGAUGCGUUCAAGAAGAUUGACGCAAUUUGCGAAAGCGAAUCGAAGCAGUUUUUCAAACUGGUUGUAUCUUGUCGUCGGGAGAGGUCCUUCCUCAAAAAGGAGAUCACAAGAAUUUACAGCAGGACGUUUGAGGCGCCCAUAGAACUGAAAACCUACUCCCUGAGUAGAAACAAGAAGUACGCCUCCGAAACGGGGAGCUCAAACGACGAUCUGUACGAGAUGAAUGGUAAUGUGGGCGGAAGCACGCGUGCUGCGUAG